GCAAUACAGACACAGACUCACUUCAGCUCACCUGCACAACAGCGCGCCUCGCCGGAGCAUUCGCUCUUCACUUUAGUAGCACCGUUUCCAUCCGCUUCUAAAACAUUUAAGAUAUCUGGAAACCGACUCAGAGGCACACAAUAACAGGACCACCGUACUACACAUCAAUCUCGGGAAGCAGAGAAGAGACAAUCGCCCGAGAAAACGCAGAUCAGGAGGGGCGAGUGAGCCCGUAACAGGACACACACCUGUUUGAAUGGCGAAGGAAAGUCUGGUGCCCCAAAGAGAUUCAUGAAGGGUUAAAUUCUGCCAAGGCGAGGCAGUGAUUUCUCCCAUUGUCUCCUUCGAGUGGUGAGGGAGCGGUGAAGAGAGUGAGCAGUCUGUGUCAGGAGCCGGCCCCGUCUGUGUGGGACAUGUGCUGAAUAAACCCACCGAAGUUGACACAGGACCCCCCUCUCCCCUUCUUCUUCUCUCUUCUCAUUCCACAACCUCAUAUUACAAGGAAUCUCAGAGGCAUCUCCAAUGGCAUUUGGCAGAGACAAGCCAAGCAAGGAUGCCUGCCAGGGGAUCCAAACUCUGCCUGUGUGAAGGAAGAAAAAAAGAAAACAGGAGAGAGCUGAAAAGAAGAAGAGGAGGGAGAGAAAAGAUAAUCAGUUGAGGAUUCAGGGGGACUGUGUCGUCAUUGUAAGAUGUCUGAACUGGCUGAUCUCUCUCCACCACGGACCCCGGUGGACCCACAGCAAAUCCAGAGGAACAUCCUGGAGGAGCAGGUGGAGCUGUGGUGGUUCCAGGAUCCCAAGAAAUCGAUCCUGUGCUACUGCGCCUCGGUACUCCUGAUCCUGGGCUGUGGGCUGGGCGGGGUGGGGCUGCUCUCCACCAGUAGCAGCCUGUCCAGUGAGUGGCGGCUGGGCGUGGGCAUGGCGCUGUGCCUCCUGGCCUUGGCUGUGCUCCUCAAGCAGCUGCUGAGCUCUGCCAUCCAGGACAUGAACUGCGUGCGCAGCCGGCAGCGCAUCGAGAUGCUCCGGAGCGGCGGCGUCUCCGACCACCUCGUCAUCCUGGCCACCGGGCUGGUCCUGCUGCUCUGCGGGGCGGUCCUGCUCAUCCUGUCCGACUCCAGCGGGCUGCCCAAGCCAGGCUCCGUCCUCAACGAGAUGUUCAUUUCUGGGGCUGUGCUGGCAGCUGCAGGGGCGGUGACUGUGUUCUCUCUGUUUGCCUACGUUGUCGUCACCAGGCUUCGGAACCCCGCGGGCGGAGGGCAGAGAUUCUUGAACGCCGGCCUUGGCAUCUUCACCGUCUCUGGAAGGAUGGCAGAGAGCGCGAGGGAGACCACCUCCAGCAUGGCCAACUUGAUUUAACUCUUCUAAAAGUCUGCUGUAGCAGAGGUCCUUGUAAAGGAUGUGGUGACUCCAUUGUUCCUAGCAGUGAUGAUGACAUCGUUUGUGUGUCUGAUUUCCACGUUCCUGCCGCGGUUCUGCUCCGUGAGAUAUGUGGCUUUGCCGAUGGCCAUCUUGAGAAGGUCUGGAGUGUGCUGAAGUCGUAACUGCAAAGGGACUUGUGUACUUGAUAUAAAAGUCAACUGUAACAGAGUUUUCUACGAAGAGGUCUCUGUUAUCCCUAAGAGUGCAGUGAGACGAAGAUGUGAAAUUAUUUGUUCACUUUACAAUACUAUUUAUGUAUGGUUGAGAUUGAAUUGUAUUAUUAGAUAAACUGUUUUGGAAAUGUACUUGUAAGACAAGAGUACUGUAGAGCACACAGUACCUGUGUACAUGUCCGUCUGUCUAUUAACACAGCAAUAUCUCUCUCUAUCUCUCGCACACAAACUAUUGUUGUGAUGAAAUAUUUGACAUAGUUCAAAACCAAGCAACAGUCUGCCCUGGGUCUUGCACAUCAUGAUUUUUGUACUUGUUACAGAGGCAUGCAUUUUGUCAAUGAUGUUUAUGAAAAGUGCAAUAAUCAGAAAUAGAGAGUUUCAGAAAUUUCUUGAGGCACUUUUAAUAAAUAAUAUAUUGGAGUUAUAGUUUGUCAGCCACCAAGGACACUUCUCCCUUCAAUUCUUAACACUUCUCCCUCCCAAAGAGGGUCUCAAACCGGGCAAGACAGUUUCAUUUAUACAGCAGUGUGCAGAUGUAUGAGAACACCCCAUUGCUUCUGUAGUUUUGAUUUGUUGUGCAUGUGAAACCAAACCACUGGAACUGCAAAUUGUCAAAUUAGUGAUUGUCCAAUUUAAUUGAUAACUUUAAUAGACCACACAUGUAAUAAAUUUAAAAUAGUCAGAGGAAAGGAACAUGUAUCCACAAAUGGUAAAAUGCUGGAGAAUUUUUAGAAGUUGUAUAAGACGCCUAAUUAAAGCUCAAAGUGGUCUAACAUUUUCAUACACAAGUGGCUAUUGUUUCUAUAUCACUGGUUACUGAGUCGAAGUAUAAAUUCUCACACCCUUCUUGCAGGUAGCUAUAUAAAGGAUAAACGACCAAUCUUGAGUUGUUCUCAUAUGUUUGUAUAUGACUGUUUAAUGUAACACUAGUUAAUUCAUGAAAGCAAGUGAGUCACCGCUUGGUGAAUACACUGUAGAGUCCAAUGUUACCACAGAACCGGGAAGUAAUGCUGUACAGUUUAUAUCCUUGAGGCAGAAAGCCAGAGUUCACGGAUCUUGAUUCAUUGUGUCCUGGUAAAAGAUCCCAGAGUGGAGGCUGUAUGCUUACCACACAGGCCUCCUUCAAAGUGGGGCUGGCCCAUCUUCGUGAUACAGGAAAUCUAGGAGAGUGUUGAUCACCAUUUCCUGAUUCCCAUUCCUAGGGGAAGCUAAAUACAGGUGUCAUUUAAAUGAGAUGAUAGACACAAAUAUAUUAAACCCCAGUUGCAGUGCUCUGAAGAGUGAUGGUCCUCCAUGGUUUAGUUGAAUUGAUUGCACUGCUGUUCAGCAUCGAUUAAUCAACACAAGGUAAUCCCUAUGGACGUGAUUUCCCAAUGUGGGUCUUUCAAAUUGUAAUGCAAAAAAUGAUAAUGUCUAAUACAAUACUGCAGAUGAGAUUGCAAUGCUGCUAAUAAAAUGAACAGGGCAUGAUUCAAUCAUUUUAGCAGAUCAGAAUGGCUGUUUUGCAAAGUGAUGAAAAUGUGAAUCCCCCUUGUACAUUACAAAUGUGAUAUUUAUCGUGUUCAAGUGUUUUUGAUAUGGUGCAAGUAAAGAUUUGAACUUUG